CCCGACUCUGCGCGCCGCCGCCGCCGCUAGCUGACACGGAAGCACCCGCCGCGUGCACCGCCGCCGCCGCCGCCGCCGCCGGCGUCACCACGCCUUCGGUCCACCCACCACCCACCACCACUACACUACUCCUUUCGCACCGGCGCGUGCACGCACGCACCACACACACACUCAUCCAGCCGCCGUCACUUGUACGCGCGUACAUCCCAUCGACGCCGAGCACGCACGCGCACCCCACCCGCCCAUCGCUCACCCGCGCUCCGCUGCACGAGCGAGCAAGUGAGCGAGCGAGCCCGGCGUACCCGCGCCGCUCCUGUUCCCGCCAUUAUGACGACUGCGCCAGCAAUGUCGGGACAGAGCGUAUCGCCCCAGAACCACCUCACGCCCAGGCUAGGCGCCAUGCCCCUCCAGACGCCGUUCUCAGCGCUCGCCCUCGACGACGCCGUGGCCCCACCGCCGUCGGGGAGCGUGUCGGCCGACAACGAGCCAGCUGACACGGACGUGAACGUGGACGCGGACGCGGACGCCGAUCACUCCGACGAUGCGGAGCGCGACGUCCGCUCGCCGAGCCCCGCGCUCACCGUCUCGAAUGGCCCCACGUCCCCGCCGAGCGUUACCGACUCGCUCGCGCCGUCAAACAGCGCAAUGACCUCGCCGAACCCCACUACCAUCUCGACCACGAGCAUUCCCCCCGGCCUGCCCCCGCUCGGCACGGCCGUCCCGACCGUCGCGGCGCCAAAGGCCGAGCUCGGCUUUGGCUCGCUGCAUGCCGAGGAGGAGAUCAAGAAGGCCCUGUCGGCAAAGGACAGAUUGUUCGUGCUCAUGCUCGGCAAGGAGUUUGAGGCGUUCAUUGGCCGCGUAGCGCGCGGCGAGAUCACCUCCAGAGUGCCGACCAGCCAGGCGUCGGCCUCCACGUCGCUCAUGGACUCGCUCGGCCCGUCCAAGCGCAUCGACGUGACCGCCAUCAGCAAGUACCAGCGCAUGUUGACGUACAAGCUCGCCGAGUGGUACGGCCUGCGCGUGGUGCCUGGUGUCGAGGGGUCCAUGGUGGUCGGCGUGCUGGGAGCACUAGAGGAGAAGUCUUUGACGUUGAAGAUUGCCGGCCUCGUGCCCGAGGCGACUGCACCCCAGACGCAGUUCCGCAUCAUGCAGCGCGCGACGCCGAGCGCAGGCGAGACGGAGAACUCGUCACGGGCCACGUCGGUUUCGGGAGAAGACAACGGAACCGAGUCGUCCGGCCCGCGCGGCAAGACGCUCGAGGAGCGGACGCUGGCCUAUGCGCUCGCGCGGAAGCGGAUCAUUGGCGAGGGGCUAGAGGACGAUGCCGCGUCGUCGACGUCUGCGAGCGGCUUCCCUCGUUCAAGGCAGCACUCGCGUUUCGGAGACGAGGAGGACGACAUGGACAUGAUGCCCAGGAGGGCAUAUCCCCCAGACAUGGAGUACGUCUACCCUUCGCUGUAUCCUCCGGGCGACAACCAAGGGAACCCAGGACUUGCUCAAGGCAUUCCGAUUCCCCAGAACGCGCCGUACGGGUACGCCCCGAUGCAAGGCGGGCCAUACCAGGGUUACAUGCCGCAGGGCAUGGGCUAUCCACCAAACGACGGACGCGUCUACAUGCCGCCCUACCAGCACAUGCCGCAGCAGGCAUACGGCGCGCAGAUGCAGAUCGGCGGCUACCCUCAAGGUUGGCAGCAGCCACCGCCGAUGCAGCCUGGCCCACCACCAGGGAUGAUGGGCGGAGGGCAGAUGCCAGGCAUGAUGAUGCCGCAGGGAUGGUACCCACCAGACAUGGGCAUGCCACCGCCCCCAUCCAACAUGAUGCCGAUGAUUCCUCAAGGCAUGCCCUACGCGCCCACCUACCCCCACCCUCAGCCUCAGCCUGGCCCGACACUGGUCCAGCCGACGCCGAUGCGCCACGACAGGCAUCCACUCAGCUCGACGUCGUCGUCCAUCUCGUCGCGCUCGUACCAGGAUAUGAACUCGCGCCCACACUCGCGCGGGUCGACGACCAGCACACGCAGCGCAGCCAGCAGCGUCAGGUUAGGCGCCAUGUACCCUGUUGGCGGGCAGGCACCAGUGUAUGGCUACCGUCAAAAGGCCGUCAAGGUGGCGUCAUCGUCGGCGACAGUCGCACCAGGUGUGGGCAACGCUGCCGAAGGCAGGCGCAACGGCCGCCAGAGUCCGGCCUCCACUACAUCGUCUCGCUCGUCCCGCCGAGCAUCGUCGAUCCAGAUCACGCAACCGUUACCCGGCCAGCACCCCCUCCCUCAGCGUCCAGACUGGGCGGCCAACAAUGUGCCAUACCACCCAUCGCCCUUACCACCAUCGGGGCACUCGGACGCCAGCACCGCAGACUUUCCGCCGCUAAACCGCGGGUCAGCGACCAACGCUGCCGAGCCGAUGCAGGUUGAGAAGGUCAAGAUGAGACCGUCAGCGAGCGCGUGGAACGGUGCGGCUCGUCAGCCCCACCCGCACGUCGUGCCCGAGCCGACGCCGCAGCCUCAGUCGCCGCUGACGCCACACGCGGCACCAACAAUAUCGCUGUUUCCGAACCCGAUCUCGCCCAAGGCGUCGACGCCAGUCGCACCGGUCGUGCACGUCGAUGUGGAGGCCGACCCCGACUUUCCUCGGCGCAUCCCCAGCGCGCGCACGCCGGCGCUGUACGAUCCCAGCGCGCCGGCGCGUACGGCGCGUGUGUCGCCCGCUCCCGCCCCGGCGCCGACGCACACGCCCCUAGCCGAGGUGGUAACGGACGAGGUGAUCGAGGCGCGUAUCGCCGCGCUCAACAUCAAGGGCGUGAGCAUCGGCCCGCCUUCGACGCGCCAGCCGCCGAGCUACGCCAAGAUUGUACGCCGCGACUAGAAUGUGUAUGAGAGAGACAGACAUGACGAGGGAUGAGGGACGAGGGUACGAGCAUAGCCGCAUGGAGCGGACGCACCUGCGCAGCAUAGCAUGAUUGAUGCAUCACAGUAUCACGAG